AUGCUACGCACCCGCUUCGUACACGCUUUACGCCCGCGGUUGGCUCGCCUCGCUAGCACCUCCACGCCGCCGCCGUCUGGGCUAUGCCGCGCUGUGCUCGGCCUUGGUGCCGGUGUUCUACUCACAUCAGCAUUCUUCCUCACGCGUCCAACGCAAGCCAACUCGCUCAUCAGCAAACAGCAAGUCGGUACAAGUACCGUGCCCGUCCAUGACCCUCCCGCAAAGGGAAUCAAGGUGGGCGCAGGCACGCUUGCGAAGGAACUGCGUGAGGCCUUGGGCGACGCGAACGGAAGACUGGACACGGUCUCGACAGACCCAGAGGUGUUGCACAUACAUGGUUACAGCGAGAACGACUACCACCCAGGUUCCGCUCCGACCGUCGUUGUCUUCCCGCGCUCGACUACCGACGUCGUCGCAAUAGUCAAAUUCGCGAAUAAAUAUCUCAUCCCAGUCGUCACCUACGGCGGCGGCACGUCGCUUGAAGGACACUGGCGCGCACCGUCAGGCGGAGCCAUAUGUGUUGAUAUGCGAGACAUGGACAAGAUACUCGAGAUUCACGAGGAAGAUUCAGAUCUCGUCUGCCAGCCCGGCGUCGGCUGGAUGGAGAUCAAUGCUGAACUCGAGCGGCGUGGUAUACCGCUCUUCUUUCCUAUUGACCCCGCACCAGGGGCAUCCAUCGGCGGAAUGGUCAGCACGGGAUGCUCUGGUACCAAUGCAGUGAGAUAUGGGACAGCAAAGGGCGAGUGGUUUCUGAAUGUCACUGUUGUACUCCCGUCCGGCGAGGUUAUCAAGACACGCCAGCGAUCGCGCAAGAGCAGUGCGGGCUUUGACACUACGAAGCUCUUCAUUGGCGCUGAGGGCACGUUAGGGAUUAUCACUGAGGUGACUAUCCGCCUAGCACCAAUUCUCCCGACGACAGUUGCUGUUGUGCAAUUCCCUGAUGUUCGUGCCGCAACUGAGGCGGUGCGGGAGAUCGUAAACUCAGGCGUCGGAAUACAAUGCGUUGAGCUCUGCGACGACGCAUUCAUGCGCUCGACGAACCUGUACGGACAGAGCACACGGAAAUGGCCUGAAAAAGACUCGCUCUUUAUCAAGCUGCAGGGGUCGACGCCUACGAUCAUGGAAGAAGGGCGCAGCAUCGUCGAGAAGAUCUGCACGGCUCACGGCGGGACGGACUUUACAUGUGCCUCGUCAGACGCUGAGGCGAAUGCACUUUGGUCGGACCGGAAAAAUGCGCUAUACUCAGGUCUGGCUCUGGUUGAGGGGAGCCGGGGAUGGAGCACCGAUGUCUGCGUACCCGUGAGUAAGCUCCCCCAGCUUGUAUAUGAGACGAAGCAGGAUAUCGAGAGCAGCGGAUUGGUGAGUACAAUUGUCGGACAUGUCGGCGACGGCAACUUCCAUGCACUGUUGCUGUUCAAAAGUGAAGAGGAGCUUGCGAUCGCGCGUGGCCUUGUACACAGGAUGGUCGAGCGUGCAAUACGGCUUGAUGGCACAUGCACUGGCGAGCAUGGUGUUGGGAUUGGGAAACGUGAAUAUCUAUAUGAAGAGCUUGGUGCGGGCACAGUCAGGCUUAUGAAGACAAUCAAGCAUGCGCUUGACCCAUAUAACCUAUUCAACCCUGGAAAAGUAUGCUCUCUUUUUUGUGGUGAGCUAUAUGCUGAUACAUGCACAGCUCUACCCAGAUUCUCCUGGAGAUGA